UAUAGACUACAGUAUACUCCGUGGCACCGGGAUCUAACUAGAACUAUUUCAGUCAGGAAGUAGAUAAGAAAAAACCCUCUCUAAGUUGGAAUGAUUUCUUAGCAAUGGAGAGUGAACCGAACGGGUAGAACCUUUUUUUCAGCUUCAACGCAAUGAGCAAACAGGUGCAUUUUCACCUCGGCAGUCCUGCUGUAUAUUCAGUAUAUUUUGAGUACUCUUAGCUAUGCGGGUUUAUGAAUAUCCCAAGCGAGCUGUGCAUAUUACCUAAUAUUUGUGUCUGACAAAGGUUGAUUUGUAAUAUAUGCCACGACGGUCCAUAAAAUCAGCGUUUGUUUGCGUUGGAAUAGCCGUUAUGUUUACCCGGUAAAUGAGUUCCUCGUUUAGGCAAGGGGCGCAUUUGUCACAUGGGCUGUAGGCAAAAUCCGUCAACUGAACUGUACGUCAGCUGAGUGUCAACUCAGGUGCAUUAUGUGCUACAUAGCGUGACGCAGAUUACACAGAGGCAGAGGAGCGGUGACCUAUGUGGCAUACAGAUAGGCAUCAAGUGGUUGUGCCAUAGUGAAAUAUUGAUAUUAAACGACCGCAGGCACCACGUAUGGGACUAUGCAGGAGCGGAGGACGGUCCUUGGUCCCUACAGUGGCGGAACGAACCAGUCACUUUGACGGGAGGUGAGCAGGUUGCUGCUAUUAUCAACGUAUUCACCAAGACAUAAAGAGAAUUUUCAAGCCGACUUCGCGCUGUGAAACGGCCAUUGAAACGGGUUUAUGAAGUUCAGAAACUUAUUGAAUUUCCCUCUGUACAAGUUGCCAGUGCCAAGCUUUAGCAACGCAGUACAGAUGACAGCUGGACUCCCUCGGUGACGAUGGGCCAUGGAAACAGCAGACAACUUUCCUGUCCCGGGGAGAACAACAGCAAUAAUAACACCAAGAGAAGAAUCUCGCGUAACAUUGAUGACAGCGAUUUCAAAAUACUGAAUCUAGAGGCCAAAAUCGACGACAGGCCCAUCGAGAUUAAGGAAACGGAAAAGGUGUUGAUAUAUAUAACGCCGAAGUUCAGAGCAAGUGCCAAAAUCCAAAUCCCUCCUCUGCUUGAAGGCGAAGAAUGGCAGAUAGGAUGGAUCCAAGCUUGUGAUUACAUGACCUUUAUUAAUUACUAUGGAAACCAAGGAUGUACGUCAUGGGAGAUCCCCCAGUUGCGAGCUUCCAGCAAUAACGAAAAUGCUUCCAGGAAAUCUGUGAUGAUCAGUGACUCUGAUGGCCGUUUUUACCCGUGGUACGGAGAGACCACGGAAGUCGUCUGCGUCCAAGGACCCGAACAUUCCUUCCGCACAGUACGUGUUGCCAUGGACGAUAAUUUUUCUCCAAAAGUCGCCUGGUCUCUCACUGGAGAAUACCUCAAACCGAACCUGACCAAAAUCCAUCGCUCACAGAGUUUUUACACGUGGCUGGCCGCACGAAACUCAAAAACGGGAUUUAUCGUCCCAUUGAAGACGAUCCGAUGGAAAAUUGAGCUUGAUAUCAAAAUCAAUCGUAGGAAAGGUCUCGGGCAUCGAGCAACAGACACGUCAAACUUUGAAAUAACAAUCCAAGAGAAAAAUAGGGCAAUUCCUAAUGAGAUUUUGGGAUCUCCAAAUGCCAAUUCCGCUCAGACGUUCGUUUGGCUUGGGAAAAAUGGCGAACGGCGUAUUAUUCUUCCAGCAAAAUCAGAAUGGACAAGUAAAGAAGAAAAAGAACCUUUAUAACAGUUGUUACGCUUACCUUAAAGGCUUUUUAAACGUUUAGGGAUAUGCAUUUUGUUGUCCUAUUUUUGUUAUUGAGAUAAUGAUGUGAUGCUUGUACAACGAUUCAUUUUAUAUUGAUAUAUCGAAGACAAUUUUGAUAAUGGAAAUGGGUCAGUGACCAUAAAGAGAUGACAUUUUUAUUUCUCUCUCACUGUCGACUGUGUCCGUCAACGGCACUUGCGCCAUGGUGAUAACUUUAAAGAUAAAAUGGGUCCAAUAGUAAUAAUUCCUUUGAGUGCCUAUAUCAUUCCAAAGUUUUUUUUUAUCUUUUUGUAACUCACGAUAAUUUAUCACCUGAAUUUGUCAUGUAGACACCAUUGCAAGGGUUAUGAUAUUAUCAUUUAUUUUCAAUUGCUCAAGUUAACAGAUACAAAUUACUAUUGCUCUCUCUAUGCAGGUUAAGGAAAAACAUCAAGUAAUUAUUCAUCUAUGUUAGAAUAUUGUUAAUAUUUUGGAUGGGUAAAUAAAGAGCACCAAACUUA